CUUCCAUUUGGCUGGACGCUUCUCGGACUUCGUUCAUUCGACCAUGAGUCCUGCCGUAACAUCCAAGAGAAAACGACGCUCGAAGUCGGAUGAUUCAGAAGAUGUUAGCGGCGAUGAGAGCAAGAAGCGAGGAAGACCACGAGUGGAGAGGCCUGAUGGGUUGGCAGCUGAUCGUCGUCGCACACAAAUUCGAAUGGCACAGAGGGCGUACCGACAGCGGAAGGAGUCCACGAUGGACGAGCUCCGUAAUCAGGUCUCCGAUUUGACGUCGAAACUGGCACUCUUGAACAAGGCAUUUGGCAGAUGUCGGGAACAGCUCACCCUUUCUGGCCUUCGAGGAGAUCAAGCGCAGUUACUGCGAGCGACUGCUCAGCAGUUUGAUAGCAUUGUUGGAGCUACAGAUGCGCAAUCUGACGGAGGCAGCCCGCCAGCGCUGACAGAUUCCAGUCAUGCUUCAUCAGCAGGAUCACAGCCCGGCGAAGAGUCUUCAAUGGGACUGACUGAACGAAGCUACGUCCCGUAUUGGCUGGACAAGUCCACGCUCGGAUAUGAGCCUGCCCAAGCGACAGACCACAUCGGGAUAGGUUACCAGAUGCAAGAUCGGAGCGAUCUUCCUCCCACUCACGACUCCAGUGACCAGGAUCAACGAAUGCCGGACUCAUAUACUACAUUUCGAGUAGAAGUCCCUCCAGAACCUCAGAUCAUGCCAUCACUACGUGCGGCAAGAUCAUACGCCACGAAAGAACUCACCUUCGGUCGAUACCUCCAUCGAGCUGCGAUCGAGAAAGGCUACCAGCUCCUCCUCGAACCCGACCGCUGGCCUACGUCGUAUGAGCGCGUCUUCAAACUCAGCCUGAUGAGCCGAGAUCGCAACAGACUGUUGGCAGGAAUGCGCCGGGCCUUGUCCCGCACUUCGCUCGAUGAUCUUGAUUCGGACGAUUCGCCUUUGGUUCACGUCGGUGGUGCAGGCACUCACUACCCGCGGAGAGAUCGCUUUGGAACUAUGCGACCUCGGAAGAAGACCUGGAACCUGGGAAUUGUUGGUCCACAGGCCCUUGCGAUGCUCGACGAUGCGGCGCAGAGUGGUCUCUCGGUCGACAUGACCGUCGAGAUUGCCGGUUUCGAAGGAGAGUGGUUCGAUCCGUAUGAUGUGGAAGGGUACCUUGCUGAGAAGGGCAUCAACCUUGACCCAGCCUCGCCGUACGCCGUGAUCGAGCUGCCGGACGGAUCUGAAUCUCCCGUUUCUGUUCCGGGAGACGAAUUUUCGAGGUCAUCGGAAUCAGUGCUGCCGUAUGAUCACGAGCAAUUGAAGUAUCUCAACGACUACGCGGCACCAGAUGAUAUUUUCGGCUUGUCGCUUGAAGAUCUAGACAUGGCUGGGUCUGGAUGGGCACACGCAGAGCCACGGACGCCGUUGCAUUUAUCAGACAUGGAUGUCGUGAAACAGCACCAGCCUUUGGAUAUGGGAGUGCACAGCAUCCCACUCAAAGAUCGACAGAAAAAGACUAUGAUCAUCGACGUCGCCAAGUUCGUCAAAGCUUUGAUCGUAACAGGACGCUGUCUCAGUCGGAGUCCUGGGUAUAGGAGGCACGAAGUUGAUCGUGCUUUGGAGUUGGCUGCUUUUGAGCCCUUUCCGAGUGUUGUUCCGGUCUGA